AGGAGCUGCACCCUGAGCGUGAGAGUGGCCUUGGCUUCUCUGUCCUCAGUGUCGUCCGGACCUGUCCCCUGGGAUUGCUACCCAUGAGGAAAGUCCCUUGUGGUCCCCGUUUCCCAGAUAAGGAAGCAGGCUCAGGGCGGGGCACGUGCCCAGGCGCCCCCAGCAGAAGCGAAGCCAGAGCUGCUCACCCAGGCUGGGCUUUCCUGGCUGGUCUCCAGAUCCCGAUGGCCAUGGCAUGUGGAACAGAUGUGGCCCUGGCCUCGUCUGGGUACCUGGCCCUGUGUGCCGGUUCCGGGGUUAAGGAGGUGUGGCUGCCCUGGAAGUAGGGGGUGGAAAAGCCAGCCCGACCCCGCAGCCGAUGGGGCAGAGGCCAGGCUCAGCCCCAGAGGAACGGGUGGAUGGCACGGUCUAUGAGGUCAGGGUGGGGGUCCUGAGGCGGGUUCAGGAGGCGUCAGGCCCCUGGACUGGAAGCAGCCCUCCUUUCUCUUUGCCUCCAGGCGUCAGACCCCCAGGGACUGAGGUUUCCACUUGGGGGUCGGGGAAGGAUGUUUGAAUCUUGGAUGGGUCCCUGUGUGGGGGAGGGCUCCAGCCUGAGGCCACUCCACCCAGGCCCUGGCCUGAGCCCCCAGCUCUGUCCUACCAGGUUCGUGGGGGGCUGAUGGCUUUAUCUUUGCCUCAUGACGGGUGGCCCAUGGUUUCCUGCCAACAGCUCCUGUUUCCGGAGGCCCAGCAGGGCCCAGGCGGAGCCAGGAGGGGCAGUGGGGCCGGGCCUGGGUGGCCCCCCCGGUCCCGCCCCCAUCUAUCUUUGGGAAUUUAUUUGUCCACAGGCUCAGGCUGGCCCACAGUCUAUUGCCUGCCGGGGGCCCAGAGCUGCUCCAACCACCCGGGGGCUCUCCCGCCCAACACAAGCCAAUUGACCUCUGACUCCUGACCUCUGGCCCCACCUGCCCGGCCCUGCCCUUCUUAAGGGGCUGGGAAACCCCUAGACGUUGCGCUGUAGACGCAGGUGUCGCUCCCCGGCCCCCCACCCGCCCCACCCCACCCCGGGAGCCGAGGCCGUGCCGGGGGCUCGGUCACCAGCCCGCAGCCUGGCGGCCACCAUGGCACGGCGGCUCCAGGACGAGCUGGCCGCCUUCUUCUUCGAGUACGACACCCCCCGGAUGGUGCUCGUGCGCAACAAGAAGGUGGGCGUCGUCUUCCGCCUGAUCCAGCUCGUGGUUCUGGUCUACGUGGUUGGGUGGGUGUUCGUCUACGAGAAGGGCUACCAGACCUCUAGCGGCCUCAUCAGCAGCGUGUCCGUGAAACUCAAGGGUCUGGCUGUGACGAAGCUUCCAAGCCUGGGCCCCCAGGUCUGGGAUGUGGCCGACUACGUCUUCCCGGCCCAAGGGGACAGCUCCUUUGUGGUUAUGACCAAUUUUAUCGCCACCCCCCGGCAGGCUCAAGGCCACUGUGCAGAGAACCCGGAAGGGGGCACAUGCACAGGUGAUAGUGGCUGCACCCCGGGAAAGGCAGAAAGGAAGGCCCAAGGUAAGGUCCCCCUCCUCCUUCCUCCUCCACAGCCCAUCACCUCCAGGCUUCCUCCACCAGGAAGUCCUUCCUGCUCUCUCCCCUCUCACCACCCUGACCUUGGCCUCCCCUGUCCCAGACCCAGCCACAUUUCUGUCCUCAGGCUUCUGCUCUUGGGCGCCCCAUCACUGGGGGCUCCUUUGUGGGGGGGCCGGGGAGAGCUUCCUCUGCACCCCCAGCUUAGGGUGGGCACCCAGGGGUUCCCCCUCGCUCCAGGCAUCCGCACGGGCAGGUGUGUGGCCUUCAAUGACACCGUGCAGACGUGUGAGAUCUUUGGCUGGUGCCCCGUGGAGGUGGACGACAACAUCCCACGCCCCGCCCUUCUCCGGGAGGCCGAGAACUUCACUCUCUUCAUCAAGAACAGCAUCAGCUUUCCCCGCUUCAAGGUCACCAGGCGCAACCUGGUGGAGGAGGUGGAUGCCGCCUACAUGAAGACCUGCCUCUAUCACAAGACCUUGCACCCGCUGUGUCCCGUCUUCAACCUCGGCUACGUGGUACAAGAGUCAGGCCAGAAUUUCAGCACCUUGGCAGAGAAGGGUGGUGUGGUGGGCAUCACCAUUGACUGGAACUGUGACCUGGACUGGCACGUGCGACACUGCAAACCCGUCUACGAGUUCCACGGGCUGUACGAGGAGAAAAAACUGUCUCCAGGCUUCAACUUCAGGUUUGCCAGGCACUUCGUGGAGAACGGGACCAACCACCGGCACCUCUUCAAGGUGUUUGGGAUUCGCUUUGACAUUCUGGUGGCCGGCAAGGCCGGGAAGUUCGACAUCAUCCCCACGAUGACCACCAUCGGCUCUGGCAUUGGCAUCUUCGGGGUGGCCACGGUUCUCUGUGACCUGCUGCUGCUCCACAUCCUGCCCAGGCGGCACUACUACAAGCAGAAGAAGUUCAAGUAUGCAGAGGACAUGGGGCCAGGGCCGGGGGAGCAUGACCCCGCGGCCACCAGCUCCACCCUGGUUCUGCAGGAGAACAUGAAGACAUCCUGACCUCUGCCCCUGACCCUGACUGGACGAAGCACGAGGCUUCCGGCGGAGGGUCCCCGGCAGGAUCCCGGCCAGGGCAGAGGGGUCUCCCCGGGGGAUCUCCCCCCUCAACCCUCAGCCAGGCAAACAUCAGCUUGCCCGGAGCUUAGGGUGGCCACUGUGAGAGACCGGCAUGAGUCAGGGCUCUGGGCUCCAACUCUGCACCCCCAAGGGAGCCUAGCCCUGGCCUCAGCCGCUCCUGGCUUAGAGGUUCGUGCCUCUCCCUCCGGGCCCUCAUCCACACCUCCCUCGGCCUCCUCGCGUCUCAGACUGUGCUCUGCUAUGUGGCAGCCACUAGCCAUGGGUGACUAUUUAAAUUUAAAUUAACUUAAUUGAAUAAACUAAAACAUCCGUUCUUCAGCCUAGCCUAAAUGCACACACGUGGCUGGUGGUUGCCCCGAUGAACCACACAGAACAUAUCCAGCAUCACAGAAAGUUCUGCUGGAUGGGUCUCCUUGAACCCCAUUUCUUCCUGGCCCUAGAUUUCCCCUGGGGAGCUUACCAAGAGUGCCAGUGGCACCUGGGCCAUCCCAGACCUCCUGAAUGAGAAUCUCCAGGGCUGGUCACAUGAUCUGCAAAAAUAGCCAGCUCUUCAGGUCAUUUUUAGGACCUGCGUUUUAGAACCACUCCUGACUGGGUGUCCGAUAUAGCCGAGGCCUGAAUCACCUGGCAGGUGCAGGCCUUCAGCAGAUGUGUGGUGCACUCACAAGCCUCACGGUGUCUCAUGCACACUCAUCUGAAUGCACUCCCCCCCCCCCAUCCACACUGUGUAUUUGAACAGCAGCCAUCUGAACACACCUACACCUCCAGGCACAGCCUCGUGGUCCACGCCGCAUCCCCUCCCCGGGGAUGAGCUUCUCCCCGCGUGUGUCAGGCCAGGACAGCCCCGUCUAGUGAUGGAUUCUUACUCAGCUACCUCUGAUCUGGGUGGGCACCUCAGCUGAAUCCUGGGCCCCCUGCCUGUGACUCAGCCCCAGCUCUUGCGAAGCCUGCCUGGCUCUGUCUGAACACAAGGUCUGGGAAAUAAAUCAAGGGGUGGCGUAUAAUAAACGGAAUGAUGAAUGAGUUCAAA